CUCUCCCCCUGGAGAGUAGGAACCAGAUUCCAUCCAUCGAUCCAUCUAACACCAUAUAUAAUGGCAGCGAAAAUCCGUCAUUCGACUCUUCUUGUUCUACUAUUUGUAGUAGCUUUCUUCCUACCCCUGGUCUGUUCCACGGAGUUCGUCCACCUCUACUUCAAUUACACCAUCGACCCCUACACCAAGAACUACGCAGACUUGAAGAGAAUACUGGUGAGGAACCAGCCUGAGCUGCGAGUGCUGACGAGCAGGGCGUUGGCGGUUCGACGCCCCAACUUCUAUGACCUACCGGCUCGAGUGAUUUUAUGCCACCUCAACGGUGAUCUUCCUCAGGACAAGUGCGUGGUCGCCUUCGCAGACGACGAUAUCUCCGCCAUGGGCUUCAGGAACUCGAGCGGGCACUGGCACUGCAUAGGAGGCUUCCGGUUCGCGGGCUGUACAGUUCUCCCCUUCGGGGAGAAUUACGGCGAGCUUCUCGGAGAGGGUGGCCACGUAAACCUCCCGUUUGUACCGCUCGGGAGGGAGGCGGCGAAAGAGGGAGUGCGCCUUCUGGCAAGCUACUCAUACUCCCCCGGCGGGGACCUUGGACCGGCUAAGCGAGGCAUGGCCAGGUUCAUCGUCAUGAUAGCCGAAGCAGCCCGUUUCCGGCCCGUCAGCAACAGGUUGGCCAAUCACUGGGAGGAAGAGACCAACAUGCUCGAUGUUGAGGCAGAAUUCUGUGUAAACUGGGGAAGAAUGUCGUUUUUACUUAUUGACUGGGAUAAAACAACCGGGCGUACAAGCUGGGGAAGGGGGCAUUACGCAGCGGCUCAGGAGCUGGAGCAGGAAACAGGAAUUAAGAGCCCAAGAGAUGCUUUGCGCGUGCUAGAUCUGCUGGUGAGGCCAAGAGGUUAUAGUGUCCCCAACUAACUAGAAGACGUACUACGAUUCAAGACAACAAAUUAGGGUUUAGGGUAUGUGUGAGGCAACAAGGAGUAGUACAAUAUAAUGUUCAAGGUCUGUAAUGCUGUAAUGAAGAUUGAAAGAAAUAAGACUCUACUAGCUAGUACAAUAA